UAACCACCUGCGUAUGUGUUUGAAAUAAAAAUAGAAUAUUUUGGAGAGUCUCCCCUCAAAGUCAGAACACUUUGGUGUUCGGUUAAAUUGUGAUUUUGAAUCAGUUACAGGGGUUACUGUGAUCAUGAAUGCUUUUCUCUCUAUGUGUUAACACUGUCCAGGAUAUACCCUUCCUGUAGCCGUAUGGCAGCUUUGGUGGAUGGACGGAUGGAUGCAUAGCAGUCAGUUUUACAAAUGUAACAAAGGAAAAAUCGACAUUUAAAAUGACAACAAAAAUCCACAUUAUAUCUAAAUGACCAUAAAGUUUAUUGUGAUAAACUGUGUAAUACAAGCAUGUAGUUGAUGCAGUAACUGGGGACACAAUGUUACUAAAACAGUAUAAUCUCAGAAAAUUGUCUCUGGCAUACAGUUUGUUAAUACUGAGUGGUUGUUGGAGCAGGAAUCCUCAGAACCUGCAGCAAACUCCACAGGUACCGGGGUUGCAAUACUUUGCAAAACUCCAUAUUUUCCUAUGCUAUGAAAUUCUGGGAAUGGGAAAUUCCGGAGGACCGAGAAAAUCUGCACUUUUCUCAGUCGGCAUGAACUUUGACCUUAUCUUCGGAUAUUUAACUAUGUGGGUUUUCCCUGUCCUAUUGAUGCAAGCCUGUUCCCGGCAGUAGCUGCUGUACUCUAAGUGACGAGGCAGCAGUGGAGCAAAUGAGUAUAAAUACCAGCACCUUUUCCCUCAGUCAACCAUCACAAAGGAGCUGACAAGAGUCAACGAGAGAGUCAAAGGAUCUGACCACCUUAAACCACUCAAACCUCCUGAAGAUGAAGACGUUCAGCAUUGCAGUUGCAGUUGCCGUUGCACUCAUGUGUAUUUGCAUUCAGCAGAGCUCUGCCACAUUUGCUGAGAUACGAGAAUUACAAGAGCUACAAGAGGCUGUGAGCAAUGACAGUCCAGCUGCUGAACAUCAGGAGGUAUCAGUUGACUCAUGGAUGAUGCCGUACCACAGACAGAAGCGUGGCAUGAAGUGUCGCUUUUGCUGCGGCUGCUGCAAUGCUGGUGUCUGUGGAUUGUGCUGCAGAUUCUGAGAAUAUCUACCUGCGAUUAUCACAUCAACCACUAAAUAUUGACUGUUAUACAUGAAAUGAUUUGACUGCUCAGCAUUUGUUAAAGUCUGACAGUGUUUCUUCAUCUGGUCAUCCUGCUGUAACAGUGAACAGUGUUCCAAGCAUUUGGAACUUCAGUAUGUUAUUAUAUUAAAAGGUUUCGAGUCACUAUACUGCAACAUGUGCUGUCUGUUUCUGUUUCUGUCUGACAAGAAUAAAACAUUAAUGGAAACCAGUGACAUGAAGCUCCUGAUGU